ACACACAUGAAAAUAAAGUUGAUGAUGAAUCUCACACUGAAAUUAUAUUUUUUGAGAGUUGUUAGUUGAUAUGUUUACCGGUUAAAAUUAUACUAAUUUAAAGUUAGUGUAAGUUAUAACUAUUGAGAAAUGGAAAUGUCAAGCAACUUUUAACUAUUGAUGUUCAAGGUCGGCUGACAGAAAGCGAAAUGAUAAGUGUUUGUCAAUUGUCAUAUCCACCAACCAUUCAGCCGAGUUUAUCAUUCAACUAGUAAAUUACUAGUGAUUUGCAUUUCUCCAAACUACUUUCCCACCAUUUUUAUUAGUUACACAAACAUUCAUACAUUUUUCUCCACUUGUUCCCAAAUAGAAAAAGGGAUUUCAGUUACUGUGGGUUACCUUAUUCAUUAGUAACAAUGACUUUGUUUUUCUUCUUCCCUCUCUUUUUACUCCUUCCUUUCUUCUUUGAUUCAUUUUCUCUAGGAGCCACUCUUCAGCAAGAUGAAGUGAAAGCUUUGAUAGACAUAGGCAAAACACUUGGGAAGAAUGAUUGGAACUUCAGCGUAGAUCCAUGUAGUGGACAGAACAACUGGAUAUCGUCAACUCAAUUACAAGGUUCUGAAAAUGCUGUUACCUGCAAUUGCUCUUUUCAAAAUAACACUCUCUGCCAUGUUGUUAGCGUUGUCCUCAAAGCACAAAACCUUUCCGGUACUCUUCCACCUGAUUUUGUGAGGUUGCCUUUUCUCCAAGAAAUUGACCUUACACUCAACUAUCUUAAUGGUACAAUUCCUAAAGAAUGGGCUACAUUAAGUCUUGUAAACAUUUCCUUGAAUGGAAAUCGUCUAUCUGGUUCAAUUCCAAGGGAGUUUGGAAACAUCAUCACUCUUAAAAGCUUGGUAUUGGAGUCCAACCAAUUAUCUAGAAAUCUUCCUCCUGAACUCGGGAGUCUUCCCCGGCUUGAAAGACUGCUUCUUUCCUCCAACAACUUCACUGGAGUGUUGCCUGCAACAUUUGCAAAUCUCACUGCAUUGAAGCAAUUCCGAAUUGGUGACAGUCAAUUCUCUGGUGCCAUACCCAACUUUAUACAGAGCUGGAAAAAUCUUGAGAUGCUGGUGAUCCGAGGGAGUGGUUUGAGCGGGCCAAUUCCUUCUGGAAUUUCAUUUUUGAAAAACCUCACUGACUUGGUUAUUACUGACUUGAAUGGGUCUGAUUCACCAUUUCCACAACUUGAAAAUAUGUCAAAGCUGUCAAAAUUAGUGUUGAGAAGUUGCUAUAUCAUUGGAGCAAUGCCUAAAGAUCUUGGAAAGUUAACUAAUCUGAAAGUGAUAGACCUCAGCAACAACAAAUUGAGUGGACCGAUCCCUGAGAGCUUCGGUGAUCUACACAACAUGUAUUUGCUAUUUUUAUCUGGGAAUCAGUUGACGGGGUCGCUGCCUGACUGGAUAGAUAAACCAGACUCUGUAGACUUGUCAUAUAAUAACUUCACUAUAACAAACUUUGAGCAGCAGGCUUGUCAACAAGGAACUGUGAACUUGUUUGCAUCUUAUUUGAAGGGAAACAGCUUAGGAAAUAUUUCAUGUUUGGAAAACUAUCAAUGUCCUAAAACUUGGUACUCUCUCUAUAUAAAUUGUGGUGGAAAGAGCGUAACAUUUGGAAAUCAGACAUAUGAUGAUGAUUCAAAUGACAUGGGACAAGCAAGGUAUCGUCAAAUUGGAACAAACUGGGCACUUAUAACUUCGGGUCAUUUCUUUGAUAGCGGCCGCGCUGACUACUACAAAUGGUCUAAUGCAACAAAGCUUUCUGUCAUCGAUGAUCCUGAACUUUACAUGGAUGCACGUGUUUCUCCAAAUUAUCUAACUUAUUAUGGAUUCUGCCUUGGAAAUGGAAACUACACUGUGAAUCUCCAUUUUGCAGAAAUAAUGUUCAGUGAUGAUAAAACAUUUAGCAGCAUUGGAAGACGUGUAUUUGACAUCUACAUCCAGAGAAAGUUAGUGGAGAAGGAUUUUGAUAUUGCAAAAGAGGCAGGUGGAGUUGGUAAGGCAGUCAUUAAAAGUUUUACUGCCGAGGUGACUAGUAAUGCAUUGGAGAUCCGCUUAUAUUGGGCUGGGAAAGGAACAACUACUAUCCCAUUUGGAUCAGUAUAUGGGCCUCUUAUAUCAGCUAUAUCAGUUGAUCCUGACUUUACACCCCCGUCGGAAAAUAAUAGAAGCAUACCUGUAGGAGUUGUGGCUGCCAUUGUGGUUGCAGGAGCAAUUGUUAUCAUCUUUGUAAUUGGCAUAAUAUGGUGGAAGGGAUGUUUAACACAAAAGUGUUUAGGAGGGAGAGGGAAAAAGAGUCUUGCUUCACAAGGUGGCUUAUUCACCUUACGGCAAAUCAAAGUAGCAACAAACAACUUUGAUGAAUCCUUCAAGAUUGGAGAAGGAGGAUUUGGUCCGGUUUACAAGGGUGUUCUUCCGGGUGGCACAAUAGUAGCGAUUAAGCAACUAUCUUCUAAGUCAACACAAGGAUCUCGAGAAUUUAUUAAUGAGAUAGGCAUGAUUUCUACGUUACAACACCCUAAUCUUGUCAAGCUCUAUGGCUUCUGUAUGGAGGAUGAUCAGUUGUUGCUGAUAUAUGAAUACAUGGAAAACAAUAGCCUUGCUCAUGCUUUAUUUGCCAAGAAAGAAGACCUAGAAAAUCGUCAAUCAAGAUUGGACUGGAAAACCAGGAUGAGGAUUUGUAUUGGUGUAUCUAAAGGUUUAGCUUACCUUCACGGAGAGUCGAAAAUAAAGAUCAUUCAUAGGGACAUCAAGGCCACUAAUGUAUUGCUAGAUAAAGACCUCAACCCCAAGAUAUCUGAUUUUGGUUUGGCAAAGCUCAAUGAAGAUGACAAAACCCACAUGAACACAAGAGUAGCUGGCACUUAUGGAUACAUGGCUCCUGAGUAUGCAAUGCAUGGUUAUUUGACGGAGAAAGUAGAUGUUUAUAGUUUUGGAAUUGUUGUGUUGGAAAUUGUUAGUGGAACCAACAACACCGUUAGCCAUCCCCAGGAGGAAUGCUUCUCUCUUCUUGAUUGGGUACACCUCUUGAAGGAAAAAGAUAAUCUAAUGGAGCUCGUUGAUCGGAGAUUGGCUGGAGACUUCAAGAAAGAGGAGGUAACGACAAUGAUCAAUGUGGCUCUUUUAUGCACGAGUUUUUCUCCGUCGCUCAGGCCCUCCAUGUCUUCAGUAGUAAGCAUGCUUGAAGGAAGAACAAAUGUUCAAGAAGUAGUGGCCGAAUCAAUUGAGGUAUUGGAUGAUAAGAAGUAUAAGGUGAUGCAACAAUACUACAAACAGAGAGGAGAAAGUAGCAUAAGUGAAGCUCAAAGCAUCGCAACAGAUGAAUCUAAUGCCCUUAUUUAUGGUACAGAUUCUUCAUACUGGGAACCAAGAAAUCAGCAAAACUAUAAAACUAUGUAACAUUCUUUAGUGGGUAAGGGUGUUAAAUUGUUCCUGGGUAUUGAACUUUUGACCUCAAUUUACACUAUAGUCUAGAGAACUUAGGCUUGUGAAAAUUUAUACAUAAUAAUGAAGUGUUGUUUUUUUGGUAUAAGCAAUGUUCGUAUUAAAAUAAUUGAUUCAUACUAACUAAAAACAUUUAUAAGUAGAAGAAUUUUUUUUCUUAAAUAUUCUUAUUGUGAAUUGUUGUAUUUAUAUUUAUAAUAAAUGCAGUGUAUAAGAUAUUGAAUUGCAAAUAGUGUUAAUUAAAUAUUUUGAGAGAGAGAGAGAGGGAGUAGUAUAUGCACCAGCAUUUUAUACUGUUAAGUGGUUACCAUUAGCAGACUGAAACAU